AUGAGCUCACGUGACUACAGAGAAAAUCCCCAAGAUUUUGGAAGGUCAUUUAGUAAUAAUGGUGGCAAAAUCCUCAAGCCCAAACGACUUCGGCGUCUGAGUUCGUCGACAAUCUCGUCAAGAAUGAGUGAAGAUGAAUUUAGAGCACAACUGGUCGGCGCAUAUCGAAUUAACCGACAAGAUUCUUCCGUCAAAACCCACAUUGAUGCACAUGAGCAAAACCGAGUCUACUCUGAAAGAAUAGAAGAAGAAGCCUCUGAUUCGUCGGAAUCGUCAGCAUCACCGAGUCCUCUUCCGAUUUCUCCAGAAAAAGUGGCUAGCACGAGGCUGAUUUGCCCUCCGAACGAUGAAAAUCGACAAGAAGCGGCCCCUGGUCAACUUGGAUUCGACAACUUCUCUUCUGACAAUGUUGACGACGAUAUUCCUGUCUUCGAAUCUGCUCGAACCUUCACUCAAGCUUCAAACGACUCUGCCUUCGUCUUGCCAAAUCCACCAGCUUCGCAUCCGGGCUUCUCAAGUCCCGAUCCGAUACCGUCGAGCAGUAAUGAAGAAAUACCAAGCACGGGCACAAGUAAUGACGAAGUAGAGUUGAGGAAAGUCCCGUCCAGAAAUCGUGGUCGGAAAACUACUAGGACGUUUCAAUCCACUCAGGGCAGCGAGAUUCCUCUUCCCAAACAGGUUAAAAUUGCAAUCAACAACGAGAACGAACAAAAUCAGAAUCAGCCGAUUACGAAUUUUUCGAAGAAAAAGGCUCCCUUCACCUUCCGAAAAACGCAGUCAGAGACAACUUCGACAUCAACAGACUCAGCUGAUCGACCGAAAACUGCACCCAAGGUCAUCAGAACAAAUUUCAUCCGAAAUUACGACAGCACAGCGUCCGAAAGCGAGAACAGCAGAAUUGGAAUUGUCAAGCUUCACGGUAAAAAUUGGCACGGAAACGAAUGGUCAAGCGAAGUUCUUCAAGAAGAAGGAACUUGGGUCGAAUGUGUUGAUUGCAAAAAGUGGCGAUACUUACCAAAUGUUCAAGACCCUGCACUGCUACCGGAAGACUGGAUUUGCAAAAUGAAUCCAAAUGAAGAAUUCAACGACUGCUCGAAAGCUGAAUAUGAGCCUGCGCAACCGGGUGCCUUCAAAUACUGGGUUUACUAUGAUUGGCGAUGCACAAUCGGCUCCGUCGUCUGGAUUGGAGUCAACUCGCAACGACUGCCAUGGCCAGCCAUAGUUGAAGUUGAACCAGCAAUAGGCGAAUUCAUGAAGAAAAAUAAACACUUUGACAGCAUUCACGUGACGAUGAUGCCAACUGAGCUGGGGAAGUUCCAACGACCAGUUACGAAAUGGGUUCCUCUGCAUCAAGUUACACCCUUCAACGAUUACGGGCCAGAAGAUGCAAAGAGUGUCUUACUGAAGCAGCCAAGCAAAGAUCGCACUAAGUGGCGGGCUGCAUUUUUAUUCGCCAAGCACGCUAGCAUGCAAGAAAAUUCAACGAAGCGCUUGGAAAACUACGGCCUAGAGUUUCAGAUCCAAAGGUGGUCCGAACAUGAAGCUCAGCCGGGAAAGCAGAUCGACUACGAGUCCAACGAGACCGUCAUCGCAAGACUGGAGUUUUCGCUCAAAAAGAUGAAGCAUAAGGCGUAA